AACAUAAAGGUAACUGAGGAAGACCAGAAGAAGGGAAAGUUAACAGUGAAGGAAGACACGCCAUUUGUGACUUUAUUCCUAACAGAUGACGCACUUAUUAAAACGUGGGCUGAUUUCCUGGAAACGUCAACCGGUCAACCAGGGUAUGAAAACAAC